GCCGUAGCAAACAGCGUUUUCUGGUGAUGUAACAAACUCAUAAUUGGAUCAAUCCACAACCUUAGCUUCUACUGCAAACAUCAGAAUCAGAUUGCCCAAAAGAGCUACUAGCCGUUGCUUCCUCUAUUACAUAUGCCCAGCAACUGGGUUUUAGUAGAGAGAGAGAGAGAGAGUGAAAUGGCGAUGCCAUGGGGCACGACACUAUGGAUGGUCAAGAUGGUUUGGAUAGCAUUAAGUGGAUGGGUGUCUUCUUGCUUGACUGUUGCUGAUGAGGUUGCUAGCUCUCUUAGAACUGGUGAUAUUGGCCCUUUCCAUGUUGGCUGAUAUAUUAACUGAAAUCUUUUUUAUUUCGAUCAUACAGAGAAAAAGAAUGAAGAAGGUUGAGAGGAAACUUGUAUCAAAGCUGGAGCUCUAAACCCAUCUUAAUUUCAGAAAAUGAACGCUGUUCGUAGAUUAUUCGCUGUGGUUAGAAUCUCUUUUGGACAGGAAUGUCAAAAGCUUCUAAAGUCACAAUGUUGUAAAAAUAGCAACAUUUCAAUUGUACCAGCGGUGAAAAUAUCGGGAGUACAAACUGUAGAUAGAUUUAGCUCAAGUUGAUUUCCUUUUGCGCUCAAGUUGAUUUCCUUUUGCAGAUCCCUUCUUCAAGUUAAAUCUUCCUGGAAAAGUUGUAAAAAGAAAAAAAUAAAUCCCUUUAUUGCCUAGCCCCCCAUUAUAGUGAAAUUUGUUAUGGCCUUGCUUAACUAUGUUACUGUAUGAUUUUGGGAUACUGGAGUUUUGAGUGUAACUGUAUAGCUGGUUUUGGAUUGGAAAAGCUUCCAACUUCGGUUCUCUUCUCUUA